AUGUGGAGGAAUAAAUGGCUGCCGAUAUGCGGUCCUCCUACAACAGCUAUCGGGGCACUGAAAGAGCUAGACCCUUCGUUUUUCCCAUCUAUUGCUGUUCUUCUCCAAAUUUUCGCAACAAUCCCAGUAACGACUUCAACAGCUGAACGUAGUUUUUCUACCUUAAAAAGGAUAAAAACCUAUUUAAGAAGCACAAUGGGAGAAGUACGGUUAAAUGGACUUGCUCUAGCAAAUGUGGCAAGAGAUAGAGAUGUAUCUGUCGACAAAAUAAUUGAACUCUUCUGCAAAAGUAAGAAGAGGAGAAUGUGCUUGGAAAACUGGGAACAUGUCAAAUAA